AGUUUCGUUCUUGUUACCCAGGCUGGAGUGCAAUGGCCCGAUCUUGGCUCACCCAACCUCCGCCUCCUGGGUUCAGGCAAUUCUCCUGCCUCAGCCUCCCGAGUAGCUGGGAUUACAGGCAUGCGCCACCAUGCCCAGCUAAUUUUUCGUAUUUUUAGUAGAGACCUGUAUGGUCUCGAUCUCUUGACCUCGUGAUCCACCCACCUCGACCUCCCAAAGUGCUGGGAUUACAGGCGUGAGCCACCAUGCCCGGCCUAAUUUUUGUAUUUUUAAUAGAGACAGGGUUUCACCAUGUUGGCCAGGAUGUUCUGGAACUCCUGACCACGUGAUCUGCCUGUCUUGGCCUCAAUUACGGGCGUGAGCCACUGCAUCCGACCAGGCUUUUAUUAUUGUCCCCAUUUUACAUACAAGGAAGCCGAGGUUCUGUGAGGAGAAAUAGCUUAGCAGAGGUCAUCCAGUAAGAAGCCGCUGGUGCGGAGGAAUAGUGAUCAUGGUGGGACAUUGCCUAGCCUAAGGUUGAAAAUACAAUAUUCAGACAGUACUCGAGAGCUGGGCUGUUUCUCGUAAUCAAAGGGCUGCCUUGUUCUCCUGCCCAACAGCACAGGAAAUUCCAAGGUGGUUUUCCUUACAGGCUCCUCCGCUGGAGCCCAGGUACCUAAGCCAACUCAAGAGAAGAUGGAAUUGAAUACCUCAACCUCCUUGUCUGGGCCUCUGUGAUCGCCGAGGAGGGGGCUGUUGGUUGGAAAGCUGACCUGGUGUCAGGGGCGGCCCCAUGCCCAAGCUGGCUGACCGGAAGCUGUGUGCGGACCAGGAGUGCAGCCACCCAAUCUCCAUGGCUGUGGCCCUUCAGGACUACGUGGCCCCUGACUGCCGAUUCCUGACCAUUCACCGGGGCCAAGUGGUGUAUGUCUUCUCCAAGUUGAAGGGCCGUGGGCGGCUCUUCUGGGGAGGCAGCGUUCAGGGAGAUUACUAUGGAGAUGUGGCCGCUCGCCUGGGCUACUUCCCAAGUAGCAUUGUGAGAGAGGACCAGACCCUGAAACCUGCCAGAGUGGAUGUGAAGACAGACAAAUGGGAUUUCUACUGCCAGUGAGCUCAGCCUACCGCUGGCCCUGCCGUUUCCCCUCCUCGGCUUUAUGCAAAUACAUCAGCCCAGUGCAAA